AUGUGGCGAUUGUUACUCAUAUGUGGGUACGCCGCCGCCUGCUCGCUGUGUCCACUAAGAGUUCCGCCAAGACCCCGACCGUUGGACCAAUUCAAAUUGCCGUCUAUUCCGGACCUUAGCUUGGAGACAAUGCCUGAAUUCUGUAAUUUUUCACGAGAACUAAAUGUGAAUGGGAGAUGUCGCGAAGAAUUUGAGAAACUUUUCUGUGCAACAGAUGUUUCAUUAGACUCUUUAUUGUGCUAUGGACAAGAUGAGAGUAGGCAAAGAUGUUCAGAAUGUGCACAUAACUGGGAACGGAGCAAAUGGGUUGUCUCCUGGUGGGAUUCUUUGGGGAAACCUGCUGCUGGUGUCAGUGACGGGAAUUAUUAUUGGCUUGGUGAUUAUGAAAUAUGUUCUCAGCUUAGAAAUGAAGAAAAAUUCGAUGGGCAGUAUUGCAGAGUAGAAUUGGAGAUUCCUGAUGCUUUGGUCGAAGAAGGAUGUCCUCAAACGGAUCCACUCGCGAUUGUGUUGGGUGUAUGCAUGCCGAGAUCGUGUGAUGGCGAUCAGCUAAACAAAUUGAUUGAAGACUACUCACCGUACAAAGCGACAAUUGACUGCGAAUUGGAUGUUUAUUUCUCCAAACCUUCUAUCAUUAUGUUCGCGACUUUAGCCAUCUGGAUAGCUUUACAAAUUGGCGUCACUAUCUUCGACGCUGAAUCAUGGAUAUGGAUGUGCCUUAACAUAAGAAUCAAUGCUAGAAGAGCACUUUCCACAAAACGAGCACCUGAAAGCUUGCAUGCGUUGCACGGUCUUGAAUUUAUCACAUUCAUAUGGUUUAUCACGGCAAUGGUCUAUAAUCUUAUGCAACCGUAUAUAGAGAAUGUUGCAUUCUCGUAUGAUGCUGUUUCGUCGAUAGCCGCACAUCCGACGAACAACUACUCCUAUCUUACGGACGGGCUCAUGGCACUUUCAGCACUUUACACCACGUAUUUACUAUAUGGAGAGGUGAAUACAGUAAAGGAUAUUGUUGAAGUGUUGCGAAAAACACUAGUGAGAUUUUGGCCAGCGUACGCAUUUUGUGUUCUAUUCAUGUGGAUUCUUUUUCCGGAGCUGUCUUCUGGUCCUUUAUGGAUUCACGGCGACACGGUAGAACGAUGUUCCAGCAGUUGGUGGAAAAACCUUCUGUUCAUCAAUAAUCUGUUUGGGGUCAAAGAUACGUGUGUUGAUUUUGGCUACGUGGUCUCGCUGGAAGCGCAGUACUUUGUCCCUCUGAUUAUUUUGAUCUACUUAGCACGAUCCAGGUUACUGACUGUUAAGAUUCUUGCUGUGGUCCUUCUAUCAUUGUCAAUCUCGUUCACUUUCUAUCGAGCCUUCAUCUUUGGUCUACCGCCAGCACCACUGCUUACAGCUGAGCCGAUAGCGCCAGAACGGAUAGAACAGAUGUUGAACAUCCUUGUAAUCUCGCCUCUAACACGAGCUUCUCCUGUGAUUGUUGGAUUUCUAUUUGGGAUCUGUAUGUGGAAUGAGGACGGCUUGAGAUAUAAGGAUAUUUUUGGCAAACUUUUCACCGUGAUUAUGACCAUAUUCUCGACCGCCGCGGGACUUUUCGUGAUGUUUUCGUUGCUUCCGUUUGCCACUUCGUCGGCCGGGCAUCCACUUUUCCUCGCCUUCUACGCUGCUUUUCAUCGACCGCUUUGGGCGAUUUCCCUGCUCUCGUUUCUGUAUCUAUCACAUCAUGGAUCUUUUGCCUGGAUCCAUGCCAUACUUACUUGGAGGAUUUUCUCUCCACUAUCAAAGCUUACAUGGAUUGCGUUGACUGUUGCUGAACCUAUUAUACUCUUCUUCUUUUCUGGUCUAAAUCGUCCGUCACAUGCUACUAAUUGGAGUGCGAUUUACGCGGCGGUCUCAGCAAGUACAAUGUCGUAUUUGUUAGCUCUCGUGAUCGACAUCUUCCUUAGUCGACCAAUCCGAUGUCUUCUGGAUCGAGAAGAAGUGCAUCGAUACAAAGAAGCUCAAUCCGACUAA